GUAAAAUUCGUCCGUCAUAAAAAAAAUCGCGAUUGUGAGUUGUGAAGUGUAGGGAGUGAAUUUAUUUAAAAAUAGUGAAAGUGAAGAAACAAUUGUAGUUUUUUGAUUAAUAGUUUUUUUAUGUGCUUCGUUAAACUGUAUUUAAUAAAAAUCAAAGAGAAUCUUGCGUGUGGAUGUUCAAACAAUAUGUGCAGUGUGUUGGUGUUGAUUACGAAUGACAUCUGGUAACGAAAGAAAAACAGUACAAAUAAACAUUCACAAAUUCAAUCAAGGAUGAACGAAACAGUGCCCGUGACGGCUGAGCAGCCGCUCAGCGAGGUGGUACACAAAAUGUUGAGGCCCCAAGAGCCAUUCCUGCAGACUUUGGCUGCACAAGUCAUCGCCGGAAUAUUUGUGUGGACUGCCCUCUUCAUUACUUGCCAACAGAUUUACCAGCACCUGCGCUGGUACACGAACCCGUCGGAGCAGCGUUGGAUCGUGCGCAUUCUGUUCAUCGUGCCCAUCUACGGCUGCUACAGCUGGAUCUCGCUGUUGUUCUUCAACAACGACUCGUACUACGUAUACUUCUUUACCGUCAGGGAUUGUUAUGAAGCGUUCGUGAUCUAUAGCUUCCUAUCGCUAUGUUACGAGUACCUUGGCGGGGAAGGCAACAUAAUGUCUGAGCUGCGCGGGCGACCCGUCCGCGCCUCCUGUAUGAACGGCACCUGCUGCCUCUCCGGAGCAACCUACACGAUUGGUUUCCUGCGCUUCUGCAAGCAGGCCACGCUGCAGUUCUGCCUCGUCAAGCCACUAUGCGCAUUCAUCAUCAUAUUCUUGCAGUCCGCGGGGCACUACCACGACGGUGACUGGAGCCCGAACGGCGGCUACAUCUACAUCACGAUCGUGUACAACUUCUCCGUCUCGCUUGCACUCUACGGCCUGUUCCUGUUCCUGGGCGCCACGCGCGAGAUGCUCAAACCGUUCGACCCCGUACUCAAGUUCUUCACCGUCAAGUCUGUCAUUUUCCUCUCGUUCUGGCAAGGCGUCGCUCUAGCCAUACUGGAGAAGGCGGAGGUGAUCUCCCCCAUACAGGACGCUAACGGCGUGCCCACCACCGCGGGCACAGUCUCCGCCGGCUACCAGAACUUCCUUAUCUGCAUCGAGAUGUUAGCGGCCGCAAUAGCGCUCCGCUACGCGUUCCCGGCGCACGUGUACGCGCACGCGCACCGCGACCCGCACCGCUCCGUCACUAUGCAGUCCAUCUCUAGUAGCCUCAAGGAGACAAUGAAUCCCAAGGACAUAAUGACGGACGCGUUCCACAACUUCCACCCGCAGUACCAGCAAUACACUCAAUACAGCUCUGAUGUCACUUCUCAACUGCCUUAUGAGAAACUAUAAGCUCUGCCAUAGCUGUGCUCUGCAUGAACUGCAUUGAUGUCUGUCUGUCCGUUUAUUAUUACAUAAUAAAGAUCCAUAUCGUCCAAGCAUGGAAAUUUUAAACUAACAUCCAAAUGGCGACAGUUACACUAUUUAUAAAUAUUGCGAAAAAUAAAAUAAAUAAAUAGAAGCG